CUAUGCCGAACCUGAACGUUUAACCUUCUACACAUCGCCUGAAUUGGUUUGCUGCCCCUCAUUGGUAUCGUCUCGUUUCUCGAUCUUCCCUGAAGGCUAAGCUCCAAAGAUGUCCACACAAAAUCGUAGUGCAAGACGGAUACCAUCUCUCCCCCUGACAGAUGCCUCUACUUUGGCUUCAUCAUCCUCACAAGCACGUCACCGUUUCUCAUCCUCAGCACUCACUGGUUCCAUAUCCCCACCCUCGCACGUCGCCCCCUCGUCUACCGGUUCCCACUCAUCUCCCUCCUCAUGGGGCCGCAAAACACAAAUGUCUAGGAGGUCUGGCGGGUUUUUGCUUGACGGUAGCGGUAUCGGAAGUUUGGAAGGUGGAAGGUAUUCGGCGAAUCCCGAGUACGAUCGUGGCCGUCGGGAGACGGAUGCCGGGUACCAAAGGGAGCGUUCCAGGCAGAGCAACCAUUACCCAGAACCGAGCGCCGCUCAUUCAUGGCUUCCGGGCGAACGGGAGGUAGAAGAACGGGACACGGUAGAUUUGUCAGAGUUCCCAUCACACGGCUCCGAAGCCGACCCGGCGAGAAUUGUCUCACUCGCUAUGGGGCUUAGUGAAACGAGGCGAAGAGGCGCAAAUUUACGGAGCCUGUCUAGCAACAGACGUUUGCCCGACAUCCUAGAUGAGAGAGAGACCGGUAACAAUAUUCUGAACGGGGGGGAACCAGGGCCAACGUCUCGAGCAGGAGGCCAUGUGGAUUUUGCGAAUACUAGAGAAGGAGCUCGCGCAGCUUCACCUACGGGGUUCUUUGUUGGUACCAAUACUAGUGGGCAAUCCGUUUCUGCCAGCACGCUCAGCAUCUUUGGACGUCAAUUGUCUCCGCUAAACCCUUCGAUAGCAUCUCCCCCGCCGCCGGCAGGUGGCACUACUGGCAAGCAAAACUUCUCACCUGUUUCACCUCUGCCCCUACCGCCACCUGUAGCUCCAUAUCAGCAAUUGCAGUCAAAGCGUAGUGCCCUGGCUCAGCAUCGACAGCAGCUGAGGGAAUUCAGAGAGCAAUACCAACCUACCGAAGCUACACUUCAGAGAGCUCUUAAAGCAAAGCAGCAGUUAGAGCUUUCGUCACUAUAUAAGAGACUUCUCACGAUAUACCCAAUACACGACCUUCUGCUUUCAGGCAGCCUCGCUCAUGGUACACCAAAUAGGGGGGAUACCACCGGACCGUAUUCCCGUGAGAGAAUCUAUAACCCGUUGAUGGCAAUCAGAAAUAAGAGGUUUAGAAAUCGGGAGAGAAUCAAGCUGGAGCUGUCGUCAUGGGACGACCCGGGCGCCGUCGAACAGUGGAUCGAGGACCUUGUGGUGGCCGUCCAUGAGCAUCUGGAAGGCGGUAAAAUCGGUCUCCCAAGGCUCCCUCCUCCACCACACCCUAGCGGCAGAGUUGAAGAAAAGAAAAGGGCGCGGAUGGACUGGGUUAUUAGUCCUCAAGAGCUGCUGGCAGACUUUUAUUGGAUGGAGGAAUCGGAGAGGUUACGCAUAGAUCAAACACAGCGGGCAGGAGGUAAAGUCGAAGAAAACAUGCAAGAAGGACAGGGAGAAAGCCAUCCGAGCUUGAAGAGUUUGAUUGAUAGGGGGGAGAGAAAAGCAGGAAGCCCUUCUCAAAUUAGAAAGAGGAGUAUUCGUGAUCUGGAUAAUAUAGACAGCGGAGAUGAUAUUACAAGAAGAGAUACAGGUGACAGCUCGAAGAGGAGGUCGAAACCCGGUUUUGCGGAGCGAGGACCUUCCUUACAGCCUGGCAUACAGCUAGAAAACGACGUGGGAUACCACAGCGCAUAUACAUCUCAAGAGGACAGUAGCCACAGCGGUGAGAGCGAGGGUACCUGCGAUGAUGAAAUGUCCGGGGAAGAGAUUGAUAGUGAUAUUGAUCAAAAGGCAAAGAAAAAGCAUAGUAAAAGAAAAAAGCUAGGAAAGAUUAUUACGGGCACUAAGCCUAGCAGGAGAAAGAGGGCGAAAAAGAAGAGGAUCAGUGACACCCACGUUCUAAGUCCGGAGGAGAAGCGGAGACGGCAAGAACAAGAGGAGAUGGAAUGGAUGGUGGAGAUGGGAGAUAGACUUCCAGGCCGCCGGGGAAGCUAUUCCGGAGACGAAGGCACCGAUCCCGCCACUACUUUGGCGCUGGCAAGAGCUACUGCUGGUAAAACUCCUGGUGUGAGAAAUAUUGGGACAGGGGUUAGUUUACCAACUACACUUGGUGGGAGUCGGAGUAGCCUAGAGCGCUUUGGCUCUAUAGGAGGGCCGGCAGGCAGGAGGAGCCUUGAUUUCGGAGAGAUCGUUGUACCUAGUAUCGCGAUUUCAUUGAGUCCACCGAAAGUGACUUCCAGGGGGGGGGAUGAAGAUGUGGACUUGAGAGGGAGGACCAAAAGGAAAGAUGAAAUGGAAGGGACGAGAAAUGAGAAGAGGAAGGCCAGCCCCACGAAGAAGUUACUCGAGAAAAGUAUGGAGGUUAUGGGGCGGGAGAGGGAGUCUAGUUAUGAUGAUAGGCACAAGGAGAGCAUGGAUAGUGAUAAUGGAAGGAAACUAAAGGACAAGGAUAAGGAUGGGUCGGCAAUGGGCAGAGUCAAGAGUAGGGUUGAGAAGAUCAGAAGCGAGGUUGCUAAAGUUGAAGACUUUAUCUGGAGAAGAGACGCAGAAAAGGGCGGUUCGGCCUUGUCGAGCCCUACUGGGUCAAGCUUCGCGGAGGCAGAGAGCUCAGGUUACAGAAGUGAAGAUGACCGAGGGAAACUUGUGAAAGAGAACACAUUCUCUGUAUCAGAAGUCGAAGACGAGGGCCGGGGGUCUAAAGGCAAGUGUGGGGGAUCACCACUUGAAGUUCCGGAAGGUCAUGCUCUUAGAUCUUCAAGAUUCGGCAGCCAUUCCUCGACAUCGGCGCUACCAACUGUCCCCAAGAUAGGCAUUAGAGACAACUACGCAGAAGUAUCAUCAGACGAGGAGGGAAGGAGGCUUAGAAGUCAAAAGUUUGGGGCCAAUCUAGAAUCAACCCAGCCAUGUAUCUCACGAGACCCAUCGCCGGCACGAGCGAUCGAUAUCCGAUCGAUUGGCGAUAGGAAUGGAGUGAAAGGUGGAGCAGUAGCUCAGAGAGGCAACGAGAACAAUGGACCAAGACUAGAAAAAAGGCUUGGGAGCAAUGAUGGUAAGGGGGUGGUUGUAAGUAAGCAGGCGCUGCUCAGGGCAAGAGCAUAUCUACUGGCUUCUGGGGUGGUUGCUCGAGGGAUUACUUCCAAGAGGGCUGGAACAAGUGUCCUGGGUAGAACCUCGGAUAACAACGAUGGUGUUGGAAUUGUGGCAUUGGCCGAACAACGUAUGCAUUCCACUGAUAUCUCUCGCGAGAUCGCUAGCGCGGAAGUGGAGUUUGUCAAGAAGUCCAGAGUGUUUACCAACUCGACGGUCGUGGAACUCAAAGGGCUGGUUGAUAACAUCAAGUCUGAAAUUGAGACUCGGCUUGCAACUAUGCUUGGGGAGGUUGCCGAUGGAGCCGGCGAGCUCAAUGGGGAGUUGACCACGAAAUGCACAUUGGCGGUGAAAGCGGUGAACGACGAUUUGUCAAACGUGAUGAGGAGGAAGCGAAGAAGGUUUAGAUGGAUCAGGAGGGUUGGAUACGUGAUGCUUGAGUGGGUGGUAUUGGGUGUAAUGUGGUGGGUCUGGCUGGUAGUUGUUGUCGUCCGAUUUUUAAGGGUUACUGUCACCUGGACAAUCCGUGGGGUUCGUUGGAUACUAUGGAUUUGACUUUUCUUUUCCUCCUUCCGCACUCUUUGAUUCUUUAUUUUGUUUCCGCACAUGGGAGCGAGGCGUUGGGGUGGUCCACUUUCCUUCUUUCCUAAUUUCUAUUAUCUUUAGUGGCGGUGUUUUCUUCACGAAUUGGCAGUGGGUCGUCUACUGCUUUUAUAUCUUAUUCGGUGUCAGUGUUCUAUGUUCUCCGCCAGGUUUUCCCGGGCAGAUCUGCGCCCGAGCGGCUCCUUUACUCAUAGUCAAACAAUUCAAAACCAAUUACCGCCG